AUGGCCCAAGCUAUGGAAUCUAUCGAGACAAAGAUUGGUUACACCUUCCGAAACCAGAGUCUGUGCGAUGAGGCCCUCACGACGGCGGGUGUUCUGCUCGGAACAUCAGCCGCAGCCAACAGUUUCGAUGGAAAUGCUUCUCUGGCAUUGAUCGGAGAUAGUAUUCUUCGAGUCGAUAUCGCCUCACGAAGCCGGCAGGCAUCCCAAAGAAUGGAUCGAGUUGCCAAUAACAACAAUCUAGCGAGCAUCUUCGACACGGCGCACCUGGGCCCUCAUGUUACCGGCAACCCUUCUCAGCAAGGAAUGAUUGCGGUUCGGACUAAGGCAACAGUAGUUGAAGCCCUAUUAGGGGCUGUGUACGAAGAUUCCGACAUUCAAGCUGCUUUUGCAGUGAUCCCCCACCUACGAAUUGAGUGA